AUGAAGUUCUACAUCGAUGACUUACCCGUCCUAUUCCCAUACCCAAGAAUAUAUCCUGAGCAGUAUGCCUAUAUGAGUGACAUCAAGAAGACCUUGGAUGUAGGGGGCAACUGUAUAUUGGAAAUGCCAUCGGGAACAGGCAAAACAGUAUCGUUACUUUCAUUGACGGUAGCUUACCAGAUGCAUUAUCCAGAACACCGCAAGAUCGUGUAUUGUUCCCGUACCAUGUCGGAGAUCGAAAAAGCGUUGAUCGAGUUGCAAUCGUUGAUGGAUUACAGAACCAGCGAGUUGGGGUACGUGGAGGAUUUCCGUGGUAUGGGUUUGACGUCCAGAAAGAACUUGUGCCUCCAUCCCACCAUAUCCAAGGAGAGAAAGGGAACAGUUGUCGAUGAGAAGUGCAGACGGAUCACCAACGGCCAAUUGAAGGCCAAAAUCGAAAAGGGAGCGUUGAGUGAAGAGGAGCAGAACAUCAACCCUGAAAACAGCGCAUUGUGCUCCUUCCACGAGAAACUUAAUGACCUUGAACAACACAACUUAAUACCCCCUGGAGUGUACUCCUUCGAUUCUUUAAUCAAAUACUGCAAACAGGAAGGCACAUGUCCAUAUUUCACGGUCAGAAGAAUGAUUCCCUUUUGUAACGUGGUCAUUUAUUCUUAUCAUUAUCUUUUGGAUCCAAAAAUUGCAGAAAGAGUGUCCAAGGAGCUUUCAAAAGACAGCAUCAUUAUUUUUGACGAAGCGCAUAACAUUGAUAACGUUUGUAUCGAAUCCUUAUCCUUGGAUCUAACUGAUGAUGCACUAAAAAGAGCCUCCAGAGGAGCAAAUAAAUUGGGAGAAGCAAUCGAUGAGAUGAAGGCCCAAGAUAGUGAAAAGCUACAGAACGAGUAUGAGAAGUUGGUCGAGGGCUUACGACAAGCAGAAGUUGAUCGAGAAGAAGAGCUAUUCAUGAGCAAUCCAGUUUUGCCGCAGGAUUUAUUGGAUGAAGCAAUACCCGGAAAUAUCAGAAAAGCCGAACAUUUCGUUUCAUUCUUGAAGAGAUUCAUCGAAUACUUGAAAACAAGAAUGAAGGUGUUACACGUCAUCAGCGAAACGCCAGUUAGUUUCCUACAACAUUUGAAGGAGCUCACAUUUAUUGAUAGGAAGCCUUUAAGAUUUUGUUCUGAAAGAUUGUCAUUAUUGGUUAGAACGUUGGAACUCAAUGAAAUUGAAGAUUUUAAUGCUCUUAAAGAUAUAGCGACAUUUGCCACAUUAGUUUCCACCUAUGAAACCGGAUUCCAAUUGAUUCUCGAACCUUUCGAGACAGAAGGCUCCACUGUGCCAAAUCCAAUUCUUCACUUUAUUUGCUUAGAUGCAUCAAUUGCUAUCAAACCUGUAUUUGAAAGGUUUUCAUCAGUGAUUAUCACCUCUGGUACUAUAUCCCCCUUAGACAUGUACCCCAAGAUGCUUAACUUUCAAACGGUGAUCCAAGAAUCCUAUACUAUGACCUUGGCGAGAAGAUCGUUCUUGCCGCUUAUUGUCACUAAAGGCUCUGAUCAGGUUUCUAUUUCUUCCAGAUUUGAAAUUAGAAACGAUCCAUCUGUUGUCAGAAACUACGGGUCUCUUUUAAUCGAAUUUGCUAAGAUCACGCCUGAUGGUAUGGUUGUUUUCUUCCCUUCAUACUUAUACAUGGAAUCGAUUAUUUCCAUGUGGCAAAAUAUGGGUGUAUUGGAUGAGGUUUGGAAGUACAAGUUGAUCUUAGUGGAGACUCCUGAUGCCCAAGAAACUUCCUUGGCUUUGGAAACGUACAGAAAGGCGUGUUCAAAUGGUAGAGGUGCAAUUUUGCUCUCUGUUGCUCGUGGUAAGGUAAGUGAAGGGAUCGAUUUUGAUCACCAUUAUGGACGUACAGUACUUAUGAUUGGUAUCCCAUUCCAAUAUACCGAGUCCAGAAUUCUUAAGGCAAGAUUGGAGUUCAUGAGAGACCACUUCCAGAUUAGGGAGAAUGACUUCUUGUCUUUCGAUGCCAUGAGGCAUGCAGCCCAAUGUUUGGGUAGAGUCUUGAGAGGUAAAGAUGAUUACGGGAUUAUGGUUUUGGCGGACAGAAGAUUCUCCAAAAAGAAGAGUCAAUUGCCUAAAUGGAUUGCUCAGGCGCUCAGAGAUUCAGAUACCAAUUUGUCUACUGAUAUGGCAUUAGCAACAGCAAAGACUUUCUUAAGAAGUUUGGCACAACCUGCCAAUCCAAAGGACCAAGAAGGGGUUUCUGUUUGGGAUCUCGAGCAAUUGGAGAACUUUCAAAAACAGCAUCAGAAAAAGAUCGAGGCAGAAGAGGCAAACGAGAAGUCGAAGAACGACGAUUUUAUGGACAUCGAUGAUGAUGAUUUUGACUUAUUAUAG